CAUAUUACCCAUAUUUUCAUGGUCCUAAUUCAAAAUAAAUAAAUAAAAUUUGCGCCACGGGAUGAAUGAAUUAUCCCUCUUUGUUGACAUUUCCCACCUUAUCUUGUUCCACUUCCAAUCUUUCUCCUCCUUCCUCUUCCUCUUCCUCAUUCAAAACUCCAUUAAUAAUAAUGGCGCUCUCAUUCCACCCUCUUCAUUCUCUCUCUUCAAUCCACCCUCUUCAUUCUCUCUCUUCAAUCCACCCCACUUCUCACUCUCUCUCCCCUUUCCUUGCUAAAACAACCAUCAAUUUCCCUUUCUCCCAAUCAUCCCCUAUUUACACUUCACCCCUCAGAAUUCAGUGCGCCACCAAUAAUACAGCAUCAACCUCCACCCCCAAUCCUAAAUCUGGGGUUUCUGUUUACAAACCCAAAUCUUAUGAAGUCCUUGUCACUGAUGCUGCUAAUGCUCUCUCUCUUGCUCUUCAGGAUGGCAAGCUUCGACUCGAAAUCGACUUUCCGCCUCUACCGAGUGAUAUAUCUUCUUACAAGGGAUCAUCAGACGAUUUCAUCGAUGCAAAUAUUCAGCUAGCAUUGACUGUUGCGAGGAAACUUCAAGAGAAAAUGCAACUCAGAUCAUGCAUAGUGUUUCCUGACAAGCCUGAAAAGCGCAGGGCCACUCAGUUUUUCAGGACUGCUAUUGACUCGAUUGAUGGCAUUACUAUAGGCUCCCUUGAUGAUGUGCCUGGUGGUGCUGUUUCGAAUUUCUUUAACUCAAUAAGGGAUACAUUGGAUUUUGAUUUUGAAGAUGACAAUGAAGGCCGUUGGGAAUCUGAUGAUCCACCUUCACUUUACAUAUUUCUCAAUUGUAGCACACGAGAUCUCUCUCUGAUAGAGAAGUAUGUGGACAAAUUUGCUUCGUCAACUCCCACUCUCCUAUUUAAUCUCGAGCUUGAUACAUUACGUGCUGAUCUGGGUCUUCUAGGCUUCCCACCCAAGGAUCUCCAUUACCGAUUUCUUUCUCAGUUCAUUCCAGUCUUCUAUAUCCGAACAAGAGAAUAUUCUAAGACAGUGCCUGUGGCGCCAUUUAUCGUGAAUUAUAAUGGAGCUCUGUUUCGCCAAUAUCCUGGGCCUUGGCAGGUGAUGCUGAAGCAAGCUGAUGGUUCUUUUGCUUGUGUCGCAGAAAGUGCUACCCGAUUCACACUUGGUGAAACCAAGGAAGAACUUUUGAGGGUUCUGGGGCUGCAAGAGGAACAAGGAAGCUCUUUGGAAUUUCUUCGUAGAGGAUAUAAGACUUCCACCUGGUGGGAAGAAGAUACAGACUUGGAGGCUUCUACUGAGUGGAGAAGUUGACAACUAUCAAUAGUAUGUUUCAGCUGAUAUGGACGGCAUCAAAUGAACUGCACAGGGUUUCAAUACAUCAUAUUCAUAGUUGGUGAGGAAUUUUCAGUUUUGCUUUGAUUUCCCAAUUCUCAAUUGGAGAAUUAUACUGGUGUAUUAAUUUAGAGUUAUUCUAUCCUUCCCUGUACUUUACGUGAGGUUUCUAAUUUCUGCAAAGUGUAAUUAAAUUUUAAAAUUGCUUGAAACUGUUAUAUUCUGACGUCUAUUGUAGCUUGAUUCAUAUUAUCCAUUUUAUGUGUAAUUUCAAGUCUUUAGGAAACAUUUAGUACAAUACCAACUUUGUCACCCCAUAGCUCGCUAUAAAAUGUAUCGCUUUUGAUUUUUGGUGGUUUAUUUAUACUGCGUAUGUAUUUUGUU